CUUGUGACGUCACGUGACUGAAUCCUGAAGCCUCAGCGGCUCGCGUCACGUGACUGGUAUCGACAGCAGACGCUGGGAGCUGCUCUGCUCUUCUCCUCUGACAGGGAUCUCGUCUGUGCUUCUCUCAAGCCCAGGUGUGCAGUCUCUCUGAACAGGUCAUGUCAUUAAAGAUGGAAAUGGAUGCCAGUGGGGUGUCCAGGGCACCCAUCUCUGUUCUGCCUGCUGCUGAGGUCAAAGCCAGCCUGAAGCCAGAAGCCGAUAAACCCCGGUGCUCCAGCACUCCCUGCUCCCCCAUUAAAAGUACUGUCUCAGGAUACCAGAUCCUCCACAUGAACUCCAACUAUCUAGUGGGCUUCACCACCGGUGAGGAGCUUCUCAAAUUAGCCCAGAAGUGGUCUAGCCCUGACAACAGCAACACAGAGGCCUUGCCCAGCCCCAUCAAAAAGCCUGUGGAUUUAAGCCUGCACCGAGCCUCGCGGAUUUACAAAGCCAAAAGCCGCUACUACCAACCGUAUGACAUCCCAGCCAUCAACGGACGCCGGAGGCGGCGCAUGCCCAGCUCGGGCGACGGCUGCUUGAAGUCGAUGGUGAGCGGGGAGCCCAGCAAGGCUUUACACGGGCCCCUGCCCCUCUGCCUGCUGAAGGGCAAGCGGGUGUACUCCAAGUCCCUGGACUACCUCAACCUGGACAAGAUGAGCCUCAGGGAGCCGGCGGACACUGAAGUGCUGCAGUACCAGCUACAGCAUCUCAAUUUGAGGGGAGAACGCGUGUUUACCCGAAACAAGACAUGAGUUCUCAGAUACACACCAUUCAGCGUCCACCUGCCUGCAGUUCAUAUAGGGCCUUGAUUUCUACCACUCUGAUUAUAGGCACUUCACUACUAAAGCCCGAAGUAUACUUCAGUUUUUACACAUACGUGAGGGU